CAUUAACUUCUUCUCUUCGCUCAGUAUUAUGGUCUCUCUUCUCUUCCUCUCUGUCUCUUGAUUUCCCACUUUCUUUCUGAUUCUCUAAGACCAAACAAAACCUAGCUGAUUCUCUUAAGCCAGCUCGAUUGGAGCACUCCAUAUUUUUGUUUGUCUCCUUCGCAUAUUGUCACAUGGAGUCCUCUUUUUAUCUUGUCAAAAAUGACGAGGAGAAAACAGAUACCCAUAACAGCGAAUACAGAGAAAUCAUGUCAACUCUUCCAAAAGCAAAAGACUACAGCAAUUACGGCCAGGAUCUCUAUCAGUAUCAAGGUUUUUGGUACAUAAUCCCCUUCUUGGAAGGAGUUCUCUCUGCUCAAAAUAACUUCAUGGCUCGAUCUAACGAUAUAAUCGUGGCUAGCUUCAUGAAAACUGGUACAACUUGGCUUAAAGCUCUAGCUUUUGCCAUUGUUACAAGGGCAAGCUUUGAUUUAGAUUCAGCUAACCCUUUACUCAAAAAAGUACCACAUGACUGUAUCCCUUUCUUGGAGUAUGAUCUUGCAAAAGAUUCAAGUAAUCGAGACUUGACAAAUCCGUUAGUGAGUACGCAUAUGCCUUACACUUCUUUGCCAAAAUCCAUUGUUGAUUGUGGCUGUAAGAUUAUUUACAUAUGGAGAGAUCCAAAGGAUGUGUUCAUCUCCAUGUGGUUCUUUCUUGCAAAGGUGCUGAUGCCUAUGGGUGUAAAACCCGAUCCCUUGGAAGAGGCAUUUGAAAUGUUUUGUAAAGGAUUUACAUAUCUUGGACCCUAUUGGGACCAUAUUUUAGGAUAUUGGGAGGCAAAGCAAAAGUUCCCUGAGAAGAUGCUUUUCCUGAAAUAUGAAGAAAUGAAGAAAGACACAAGUUCCUACGUCAAGAAACUAGCAGAAUUCAUGGGAUACCCUUUCAGUUUAGAGGAAGAGGAAGAAGGGGUUUUAGAGCAUAUCAUAAACCUCUGCAGCUUUGAGAAUCUGAGCAACCUGGAAGUGAACAAAACUGGAAAACAUAGAGAAAACACGUCAAAGGCAAUGGAUAAUCAAGUAUUCUUUAGGAAGGGUAAGACAGGAGACUGGGAGAAUCAUUUGACACCUGAAAUGGGAGCUCGUUUGGAUGAGAUAAUGAGGCAGAAGUUAACGGGUUCUGGCUUGGCUAACUAUUGAUCUGCAUUAGAUCACUAAUUAAGCCAUUGAUCCAUGUUUUAUUUGACAUCUCGUCAAGUAAACAUGCACCAUGUUCUUAUUCGACAUCUCGUCAAAUAAAUAUGCUAAAACUAUGUACUGUAGCGCCAUCUUCUUCUCUAUAUGGUGAUUGCAUAUUUUUUCUCUGUUGCAUUGUUUAAUUUCCACAACUGUUAAAUGUAUUUUAUUUUGCCGGUCUUUCUUUUUA